UCGGGGUGGGGGCGACAGAGAACAAGUACAGCCCCGGGAUCCUUCAGACUGCCUCCUCCGCUCACCUGUCCUGAAAGGCGGCCCCACAGGGGGAGUGGAAAGGAACCUGAGUCCUGGGGAGGAGGGCCACAAGUUAAGGCGGCCGGAGGAGGGAGGAUGCCACCGGCUGCGACUGGGGGUAGCGGCCUCUCGUCGGACUGCGGGCGGAGAGGAGCCUCAGUGCGUAGUGGAGCUGCGCGCCGACCAGCCCCUUCUCCCGGAGGCUGAGCAGACGCGACGCCUCCCCGCCGCCCAGGCUGCGUGUAGCGCCAGCUCCCUCCAGGCGCCCCCUCCGCGCGCUGCGGGCUGCAGCUUGUCUUUUUUGGGCUAAGUAACCAGAUGGUGGUAGCUUUCAAGGAAGAGAACACGGUAGCAUUCAAACACCUCUUUCUAAAAGGAUACAUGGACCGGAUGGAUGACACGUAUGCCGUGUACACACAGAGGGACGUGUAUGAUCAGGUCAGCUUCGCGGUGAACCAGUACUUGCAGCUCCGCAGCGUCUCGGUGGGGAAUCACGCUUAUGAGAACAAGGGCACCGAGCCGUCGGCCAUGGCCAUCUGUCAGCACUUCUACAGGCGAGGAAACAUCUGUCCUGGGAACGACACCUUUGACAUCGAUCCAGAAAUCGAAACUGAAUGUUUCUUUGUAGAACCAGACGAACCAUUUCACAUUGGAACACCAGAAGAAAACAAACUCAACUUAACGCUGGACUUCCACAGACUCCUCACAGUGGAGCUUCAGUUUAAACUGAAAGCCAUUAAUCUGCAGACAGUCCGUCAUCAAGAGCUCCCUGACUGCUAUGACUUUACUCUCACCAUAACAUUUGACAACAAGGCCCACAGUGGAAGAAUUAAAAUAAGUUUGGAUAAUGACAUUUCCAUCAGAGAAUGUAAAGACUGGCACGUGUCUGGAUCAAUUCAGAAGAACACCCACUACAUGAUGAUCUUCGAUGCUUUUGUGAUUCUGACCUGCUUGUCAUCGUUAAUCCUCUGUGUCAGAUCUGUGGUCAGAGGACUUCAGCUUCAGCAGGAAUUUGUCAAUUUUUUCCUCCUCCAUUAUAAGAAGGAAGUUUCUGUUUCUGAUCGAAUGGAAUUUGUCAAUGGAUGGUACAUUAUGAUUAUUAUCAGUGAUGUAUUGACAAUCAUUGGAUCAAUUCUAAAAAUGGAAAUCCAAACAAAGAGUCUAACAAGUUAUGAUGUCUGCAGCAUACUUCUUGGGACUUCUACCAUGCUCGUGUGGCUUGGAGUCAUCCGCUACCUCGGUUUCUUUGAGAAGUACAAUCUCCUUAUUUUGACCCUUCAGGCGGCACUGCCCAAUGUUAUCAGGUUCUGUUGCUGUGCGGCCAUGAUUUACUUGGGUUACUGCUUCUGCGGAUGGAUUGUGCUGGGGCCCUACCAUGACAAGUUUCGUUCUCUGAACAUGGUCUCUGAAUGCCUUUUUUCCCUAAUAAAUGGAGAUGAUAUGUUUGCCACAUUUGCAAAAAUGCAGCAGAAAAGUUACUUGGUCUGGCUGUUUAGCAGAAUUUAUCUCUACUCCUUCAUCAGCCUCUUUAUAUAUAUGAUUUUAAGUCUUUUUAUAGCACUGAUCACUGAUACAUAUGAAACGAUCAAGCAUUACCAACAAGAUGGCUUCCCAGAGACUGAACUUCGUACAUUUAUAUCAGAGUGUAAAGAUCUGCCUAACUCCGGAAAAUACAGAUUAGAUGAUGAGCCUCCAUUAUCUUUAUUCUGCUGUUGUAAAAAGUAACUAUCAGGUUUAUCUGUGAUUAAGAGGAAAAUAUAAUGUGUCACAGAGUUGAAAAAAACUACAUGAAUAUUUUGAGAUCAGGUACCGUAUGUUUGAAGACUAAUUGAUAGCCAUAAUUCACCAAGGACUACAUAACUUUUAUAUUUUUAAAAGCAAUAUUUAAUGUCUUUGCAGUUUUAUGCUGGACUUGUUUUAAAAAACUGAUGAAGGAAACUGUUGGAUUAUUAUUCUUUCUUGUUUAUUUUGCCAUAGUUUUAGAAUGUGCUCUCUGUGCCUCUCUUUAACUCUUCUGUUCUUGUUUCUAGCUGUUCUGACUGUGGGGAUUGUGUUGUUCAUGGAAAACAAUCCCUGGUUUGACAGUUUCUUCUCUCAGUGGUGCACCCUGAGAGAGUGGGGACAGCUACUGUAUGACCAGGAAUCACUGCAUUUUAAAAUCUUCUCUUAAUAGGCAGAAUCAGAAACAACCAUCACCAGAUAACAGUGCAACACAGUUAUGCACACCUAAUGAGAGAUUUGCUUUGAAGACCUGUGUGGUUAGGUCAUUUCACAGUUGUGUGACCAUCACAGAGUGUACUUAACACCAACCGAGAUGCUAUAGCUUACACGCGCCUACCAAUCUGCACGGCAUGUGACUGUAAUGAAUACUGUAAGUAGUUGUAACACAGCCGUAAGUACUUGUGUAUCUAAACAUAAGGAAGGGACAGUAAAAAUAUCGUAUUACAUUCUUAGAGGACCACUGUUGUACAUGUGGUCCAUCAUUGACCAAAAUGUCCCAUGUGGCACAUGACUGCAUUGGGUUCUGAAGGACUGUUAUUUGAAUCUGCUUUUAGUUCUGAAGAGAAUCAGGUUUUUCAAAGUUCAUGUACAAAUUUUCUCUCCUCCUCAGUGUUAACGUACAAAGUUGGAAGAGCAUCUUAUACACUGAUGAAAAUCAAAACACAUACCCAAAUCUUAUUUGAUCCAAAAGUGAUUAUUUCAUUAGUACCCGAGCAACAUGUGAAACUUACGAUGGACUGUGCCUUUCAUGGGUACACUUGGUGUUCUGGAAAAAUAUUAAAAAUAUUCUGGAAAACAAGUAUGCUCAAAGUUUAAAAAUAAGUGAGGAAUGUAUGCCUUAAAAAGAUACCAAGAGUCUCUACUCUUGCAGACUACUGAUUGAUCACUGCAGGGAUUUUCACUGCACGAACAUCUGUUUUGUGUACUAUUCAAAUAGUAAUAAAUUCAAUGAUGUUCAAUAAAGUUCUUCUUAAAGCACACUUUUUUUUUUUAAAAGGAAACUGACUUCUAAGUUUCUGAUUUUGUCUUAAUGUCUAAAUGAACAUAGCCCUGAGACACUGAAAUCCUAUAUUUAAUCAUAGUGACCAUGAUAAUAAAGAUGCCAGGUGUUGAAAUGUGAGGUUUCAUAAUAGGUAUAAACUAUUUUGUAGUAUUAUUAUGGCUUUUAAAAUAUCAAAAAUCUAAAUGUUUAGGCGCGUUUUGGGAAGGGCUUCCUGUUAGUAUUUCUGUAACUAUCAUUUAUAGAAUUUAGUAGAAUCCAGUGUAAUUUUGAAAUUAUGUGUAUCUGAUAAAUCCUGUUCUUUACUCUUUGUGAUAUUUUUAUACUAACACUAAUACGUCAAUGGAAACAUAAAACGACUGACCUAGGGUUUUGGCUUUGCUCUGAAGUCAUUAUGCUUCUUCUGUGGAAUUGCAGCCAGUGACUUGGCGCCUUCCUGUCUCCUGAUUCUCCUAGCUUUCUUAUCCUGAUAAAUUCCAAGUUCUAAUUUUUAGUACUGAUACCCAUGAGAGAAUAGUUCUACUAUUUCCUGAAAGAAACAGCAUCAACUAACUUUUCUGAACUGUCCCCAAACCAGUACAAUGGCUCCAUCUGGGUAGGCAGAUAAAUUAUAGGCCAGUCAUUUCAGAGUUCCCCUAACAUGUAUGUAUAACCAUAGAGAAUGUCAAGGUAGUUGGAAGAAGGAACAGGGAAAUGGAAGUUACUGCUUUCUCCUGGGCUUCUAGUCUCCCUAGCCCAAGAGAUCAGGGUGGGAUUUUUUUGUUGGUGAUACCCCUUUCUCUG